AUGUUUUGCUGGUUAAUAUUAUCCAGGUUUUGUAUAUGUAUAAUUUUUUUUUCUUUACAUGUGUAUUUGCACAGCAGUGUAUUUGAAAUUGGUUUUACAAUAUCUAUCUAUCUAUCUAUCUAUCUAUCUAUCUAUCUAUCUAUCUAUCUAUCUAUCUAUCUAUCGAUAAUCCAUUUGCUUUUACUUUCGUCUUAUCUAUCUAUCUAUCUAUCUAUCUAUCUAUCUAUCUAUCUAUCUAUCUAUCUAUCUAUCUAUAAUCCAUUUGCUUUUACUUUCGUCUUAUCUAUCUAUCUAUCUAUCUAUCUAUCUAUCUAUCUAUCUAUCUAUCUAUCUAUAAUCCAUUUGCUUUUACUUUCGUCUUAUCUAUCUAUCUAUCUAUCUAUCUAUCUAUCUAUCUAUCUAUCUAUAAUCCAUUUGCUUUUACUUUCGUCUUAUCUAUGUAUCUAUCUAUCUAUCUAUCUAUCUAUCUAUCUAUCUAUCUAUCUCAGUUUUAGUCCAUUUGCCUCGACUUCUGUCAUCUAUUUAUCUAUUCUCAUUUAUCCAAUCUUUCUUUUCCGUGAUGGAUACCCUACCCAACCAUCUAUCUCCAUUUCUCCGAAUGUGAAUUUCAUUCCUUACAAACAUUCUUUCUUUUGUUCAGCAGAGUUGCCUCCCUUCCUAGUUAUUGUCACUGUCUUCUUGAUUUUUAGUGUGACUUUUUGUUUCUAUCUAUCUAUCUAUCUAUCUAUCUAUCUAUCUAUCUAUCUAUCUAUCUAUGCCAGUUCAUAUUCUAUCUAUCUAUCUAUCUAUCUAUCUAUCUAUCUAUCUAUCUAUGCCAGUUCAUAUUCUAUCUAUCUAUCUAUCUAUCUAUCUAUCUAUCUAUCUAUCUAUCUAUCUAUCUAUCUAUCUAUGUCUUUGUUAGGCUUGUGGUUGUUGCUGCCCAAAUCUAUCUAUCUAUCUAUCUAUCUAUCUAUCUAUCUAUCUAUCUAUCUAUCUAAAUAUAUUACAGAUUGCUUUAUGCAUUUUCCUUCUUGGUUGCAUUUUCCUUCUCAGUUCUUGUCCUUCUUUUUCCUUUUUUUCUCUUUCUUUAUUAAUGCUUUUCAUUUGUUUUUUUUUUCACUGUUGAAUUCUUUCUCCACAUUGUUUUACAUUUUCUCAAUUGUUUUAUGCCUGUUAUUUGUCUUUUCUUUUUCUCAAGUCUCCUUUAAUUCUUCUCUUUUUUCUUAUUUUAUAAUUUUCUUUUAUCUACUUUCAUUUUUAUCAGUUUCUCUUUUUUUUUCCUUCUCUAUUUGCCUUUUAUCUUAUCGCUAUUUCAAAUCCAUUUUCUUCUCACUUUCUUUUUUCAUUUUGUUUUCCUUUUUUAUUAAUUAUUUCUCAUAUUUUUUCUGUCUCUUUUCAUUCAUCCUUUCAUUCUUCCUUUUUUUUCAUUUUUUCUUUCAUUUCUUUUUUGUUCUCAUUUCAUUCCUAUUUCCAUUUUUUCUUUUUUUCCCUUCUAUGUUUUCCUUUUCCUUUUCUCUAUUUUCUAUCACUUUUUCUUCAUUUUUCUUUCUUUUUCUUUACUUCUCUUUCUUUUAUUUAUUAUUUAAAAUUAUUUUAUUUUCUUUCUUCUUUUCCUAUUACUUCCUUUCUUUUAUUACAUCUCCUUUAUUCCUUUGUGUAUAUUCCCUAUUAAACCUUUUUUUCUUUUCAUCUUUCUAUCUUUCCUUCUUUUUCCCUCUUUCUUUGCGUUUUUCUCUCAAUUUUUCUUCCUUUCUUUCUUUCCUUCUCUGUAAUUAA